AUGGCCUCUUCCCAGCUCUACAUUGUUUUUGCAAUCCUUGCCAUUGUGUCCCCUGCAAUUUUGGCGACAGAUUUUAUUGUUGGUGAUGACAAAGGUUGGACCAUAAAUGUUGAUUACCAAGCUUGGACUCAGGGAAAGAUCUUUUAUGUUGGUGAUAACCUCGUAUUUAACUACCCAGAAGGAGUUCACAAUGUGCUUAGGGUUAACGGAACUGGGUUUCAAGGAUGUGCAGCCCCUGCAGGAACUGUGGCAUUUACAAGUGGACAAGAUGUGAUAAACCUAGCAACCCCAGGAAAGAAAUGGUAUAUUUGUGGUGUUUCCAAGCACUGUGAAGUUGGACCCCAGAAACUUUUCAUUACUGUAAUGCCAGCUUCCUAUGCUCCUAGUCCAAGCCCCACUACCUCGGCGGCAACUACAACUGCUGUUGAUGGAACAAGAUUUGGGUGGAUGAUCAUUGUUGUUGGCAUUCUUGGCAUGCUCAUCUAG